AUGAAAAAUCUUACUUUGAUACUCGUUUUCACUAUUGUGACCUUCAGUAUUUUCACUUUUGCUAUAGCCCUUCCAAAAUGGAAACGAGAAACCAUCCUUAGACGGGCUGCUGCUGUUGACAGAACAAUCAUCAAAAGAUCAUCUUUAUUAGAUCGCGAUCGCGAUUGUCCAACCGGAUAUUUCUCAUGUCCAAAUAACGAUGGAUGUUGUCCCGUCGAUGAAACUUGCUUACCAGGUGGUCCUCCUUACAGAUGUAGCGGUAGCUGUACUGCUGAUGAUACACUUUGUGGAGAUGGAACUUGCUGUGAUAAAGACCGAACUUGCGCCAGCGAUGGUUAUUGUGCACCACGAUAA